AUGGUGCUGGGCGCUGUUCUGGCUCGAGGGCGGGCAGUGUGUAAACACAACGGGCUCCUCAUCCUGUCCGUGCUGUCUGUCAUCGUGGGCUGCCUCCUUGGAUUCUUCCUCAGGACCCAGCGCCUCUCACCACAGGAGAUCAGUUACUUUCAGUUCCCUGGAGAACUCUUGAUGAGGAUGCUGAAGAUGCUGAUCCUACCACUGGUGGUCUCCAGCUUAAUGUCCGGCCUUGCCUCCCUGGAUGCCAAGACCUCCAGCCGCUUGGGCAUCCUCACUGUGGCUUACUACCUGUGGACUACCUUUCUGGCUGUCGUUGUGGGCAUCAUCAUGGUCUCCAUCAUCCACCCUGGUGGUGCAGCACAGAAGGAGACGACCGAACAGAGUGGAAAGCCAGUCAUGAGCUCAGCUGAUGCCCUCCUGGACCUUGUCCGGAACAUGUUUCCAGCCAACCUGGUAGAAGCCACAUUCAAACAGUACCGCACCAAGACCACCCCAGUUAUCAAGUCUCCCAAGGGGGCUGCAGAGGAGGCUCCUCCCCAGCGGAUCGUCAUCUAUGGAGUCCAGGAAGACAACAGCUCACGUGUGCAGAACUUUGCCCUGGAUCUGACGCCCCCACCUGAGAUUGUCUAUAAGUCAGAGCCCGGUACCAGUGACGGCAUGAACGUGCUAGGCAUUGUCAUCUUCUCCGCCACUAUGGGCAUCAUGCUGGGCCGCAUGGGUGACAGCGGGACCCCCCUGGUCAGCUUCUGUCAGUGCCUUAAUGAGUCCGUCAUGAAGAUCGUGGCAGUGGCAGGGUGGUACUUCCCCUUUGGCAUUGUCUUCCUGAUCGCUGGCAAGAUCCUGGAGAUGGAUGACCCCAAGGCAGUAGGGAAAAAGCUGGGCUUCUAUGCCGUGACUGUGGUUUGCGGGCUGGUGGUCCACGGUCUCCUGAUCCUGCCCCUGCUGUACUUCCUCAUCACCAGAAAGAACCCCAUCGUCUUCAUCCGUGGUGUUCUCCAGGCUCUGCUCAUUGCAUUGGCAACCUCCUCCAGCUCAGCCACACUGCCCAUCACCUUCAAGUGCCUGCUGGAGAACAACCACAUAGACCGACGCAUCGCUCGCUUUGUGCUGCCCGUGGGCGCCACCAUCAACAUGGACGGCACCGCACUCUACGAGGCUGUGGCUGCUAUCUUUAUUGCCCAGGUCAACAACUAUGAGCUAGACUUUGGCCAGAUCAUCACUAUCAGCAUUACAGCCACUGCAGCCAGCAUUGGGGCGGCUGGCAUCCCGCAGGCGGGGCUUGUCACCAUGGUCAUCGUGCUCACCUCUGUGGGACUGCCAACCGAUGACAUCAAUCUCAUCAUUGCUGUAGACUGGGCGCUGGAUCGCUUCCGAACCAUGAUCAACGUGCUGGGUGAUGCGCUGGCGGCGGGGAUCAUGGCCCACAUCUGCCGGAAGGAUUUUGCUCAGGACAUGGGCACUGAGAAAUUGCUACCCUGUGAGACCAAGCCAGUGACACUGCAGGAGAUCGUGGCUGCCCAGCAGAACGGCUGUGUAAAGAGUGUGGCUGAGGCCUCAGAGCUAACCCUGGGCCCCAUGUGCCCCCACCACAUCCCGGUCCAGGUAGAGCAGGAUGAGGAGCCAGCCACUGCCAGCCUGGACCACUGCACCAUUGAGAUCAAUGAGCUGGAGACCAACGUGGUCCCCACGCCCACAACAGCUUCCAGCUCAUGAAGAUAAAACAACAGUGGCCCUGUUCCUGCCCCAGCUGUGUCCAGGCCAGGUCAACCCUGCUCCACCCCACAGCAUGUGGUUUUAACUCAAUAAAACUGGCUGGCCCAUCCCAGGUCUGAGACCUGCUGCCUUCACACGUUACAGCCUGUCCAUUUCUGUCCACCAGACCUUGCAUCUAAUAUGGAGAGUGAUGUCCACUAGGGCUGGGAGACCCAGUGGGUACAGCCCUGCCAGGCUUCCAUGAGAUGGGUGGGCAAGAUGGGCCAUAGAGAGAAAGAUCCACCUUGGGGUGCUCUAGCCAAGUAGUACCUUGGGGUCUGAACUCUUUGUGUGGCAAAAUUGAAUGAGAGUCCCUAGUCCCUUCCAUGUUUGCAAUAAUGUGAUAAAUAAAAGUGUUUUUUUUUUUCAGGA